GCCUUGCAGAAAUCGGAUCGCAUACGUGGGACUUCCACGGUCAGAAGAGCCGAGGUUUUCCGAGUGGACAAGCACUUGCCACAUCAACAUGGAGGCCGUUUACAGUUUACCGUACACCUUUUUGCAGUGCCCAAAUAUCAAAUUGAAGAAACCAUCAUGGUUCAAACAGCCUUCUGCUAUGAUGGUGUUUGCAUUAGUUCUUCUUUCAUAUUUCCUUGUCACAGGAGGAAUCAUAUAUGAUGUUAUCGUUGAGCCUCCAAGUAUAGGAUCUACGACAGAUGACAGGGGAAAUACCAAACCCGUUGCCUUCAUGCCAUACAGAAUCAACGGGCAGUACAUCAUGGAAGGCUUAGCCUCCAGCUUCCUGUUUACUCUCGGUGGUCUGGGCUUCGUAAUUCUCGACCAGACCAACAAGCCGUCCAUGCCGCGGCUGAACCGAGUCCUGCUGCUCAGUGUUGGCUUUAUCGCCAUCCUCAUCUCUUUCUUCAUGUGCCGAGUGUUCAUGAGGAUCAAGGUUCCUGGCUACUUGAUGUCUUAGGCAGCUCCAUCUGUGACAAAGAACAUCGUCUACAUCAUAUGCACUUAGCUGUCUGUAUACAUUUACAUUUAAAAAUAAACUAUUUUUAUUUGUU